AUGGGGCAAGAUUUGGAUUCGUGUUCAGUGGAGGAACUCAUGGAGGUAACUACCAAAAUUGAGAAAAGUCUUACGAUUGUCAGAUCAAGGAAGGCUAAGUUAAAUGAAGAUCAGAUAGUGAAACUAAAAGCAGAGAUUGUUGGAGAGAGUGAUGACUUGAACGAGAGAAGUAAGCUGCGCCAAAUGUUUGAAGAACAGCCCAUGUGGAUGCAAUCAAGGAGCCUAGCGAGUGAGAAGAGUGCACCUUCCUGUAGUUGUGGCCACAUGAACUUAUCGGAUGUGGAAACUAACCUGUCCAUCGGAUUUCCUCAAAAUCGAGUGUAA